AUGUCCGCAAAUACCAUCCUCAACAACGCCCAGGACGUGGACUCCUAUGCUGUAUCCCAUCUAGUUGCAACCGACAAAGCCUUGACCGACACUAUCGCCAACACCGCCAAAAAUGGUGCACCGCCAAUCGCUGUGUCUCCCGCCCAGGGCAAAUUCCUUUCUCUACUAGUCAAGAUGUCAGGCGCCCAUAACGUGCUGGAGAUCGGGACUCUCGGUGGCUACUCCAGCAUCUGGUUCGCUCGGGCUCUGAAUGCCAACGGCAAUAAGGGAAAGGUGACCAGUGUUGAGGUUCUCGAAGACAGGCGAGAGCUUGCGAUGGAGAAUCUCCGUAACGCCGGGGUGAAAGUUCCGGAGGAGGCCGAGGUGUUGCUCGGAGCUGGGUUGGAGGUGCUGCCCCAGAUAGAGGCGGAGAUUGAGCAAGGGAAGCGGCCAAAAUUCGAUUUCGUGUUUAUUGAUGCCGACUGGGGAAACCAGUGGAACUAUUUCGAUUACGGUGUUAAAAUCUCCAAGCCUGGGGGUGUUAUCUUGAUAGACAAUGCUGUUCAGGCCAUGUUAGAAGACGGAAUCGUGGGUCCUGAGAAAAGGGCGGAAGGGGCGAUAUCUCUUGUGGAAAAGGUUGGGCAGGACAGCCGUGUGGAAGCUGUUCUUGUCCAGACUGUGGGGGUAAAGCGUCACGAUGGAUUCUUGAUGGCGCUGGUAGUGUGA